UAAAAAUGGAGGAUUAUUUAGAUCUAAGUAUGAACGAAGCAGAACAAAUGCCUAUUAUUGUUGACCCAAGCGAGGAAGUUCAAGAUUUACAAAGACAAAUUUAUAAAUAAAUACGGAAUUUAUUUGAAAUAUGAAUGGCUAGAGAUCCAGCUGAGGGGGAAACACCCAUCAUCAUGAAUGAAGUAUGUCCUAAAGAAAAUCUCUGAAGAAAAGCUGAGUAAUAUUAUUGAUGAAUCUAAACGAAUUCUGACUGCGGAAGUAUGUAAACUAUCAGCUCCAAACCAGGUCUUCAAGCAGAAUGUAAUGGUGGAGAUCAUGAAAGCUAAGAAUAUAGGAGGACCAGAUGAUGUCGCUCCUGAUCUAGAAGAUAGUGACGAAGAAACAAAAGAUACUGUCGAGGAACAAAAGAUUGAGAAUAUUGAAUCUAGAUAUCUUGAUGCUGGAGAUGAAAACCAAAGCAAGAAGAAAUCUCAAAAAUAUCGAAUCUAUAAGUUCUUACUAACAGAUGGAAAGAACAAAGUGGUUGGAUUUGAACAGAAUUUUGUAAAGAAAAUCCCAAACGAUAUAAAAUCUGGGACCAAAAUCAUAAUCGGGCCUGAAUUUGAGGUUCGAAUGGGUCAUAUUUUACUCAGAAACGAGAACACAGUGUUAUUUUGCCCUUAA